GGUUCUUGUUUCUUAAGUUAAUUAGAUGAUUCAACUGUCGAUUGACAAGUCAAUCAAAGGUCCUUUAUGCUUAAGUUGUAGAAUUAGGUCUCUUCAAUGUCACGAAAAAAUUCGCAAACGAUGUCUGACCAUAUUCAUGAGCAUAUGUCGUUGAUGAAUAUUUAGAAAAUUAGUGGUACUUCGGGGUACGAACUAUUCCCAGGGUAAACGUCCUAAGCGACUAUGCGUAAACUCAAAUCAAGUCAUAUAUAGUCUCAGAUGCGUGCAGUCGUAUGAAAUUAACAAUUUCCUCCCCAGGGUGAUUUAGUCAUUCCAUACGUGACAACAUGAAUGCCACCUUUUUGAUGAGAGAGGAAUGGUUUGCAUAUGAUGAAGAGAAAUUACUGCAGUGUCUAGCCAAGCGAUGAGCUUUGGACCCAUUCUAUAAUAUUGUUCCUCAAGUACUUGCCAGUAGUUAACUGCAGCAAAUUGUUAUUAUAAUUCAUAGUCAUUCUAUCGUCUAGCCACAAAGAAUUUCACUUAAAACUGAACGUCAAUGAUACAUGAUCCAUGGGCAGCUUAAGGCAAAGCUCGUUUGGUGCAGAACUGCACAGAAACUUUUCAACUGGCCAAAGACAAUCUAUACAUUCAUCUUACAGCUCUUCCAGACAGAAAAUAACAGACAACUUCAAAUUUCUACUUAAAUACAGCUCUGACUUUCACGCUAAGCUGCGAGGAGAAGAUGUUUCUCGAAAAGAGACAAACAGUGAGGUGGCAACGAGGCUAAUUCAUUUUCCUGUCAUAACAAAAUCUUUAGAAACAAGUGAUCCACCACCUGUCAAGGAAACUAAAUGUCUCAAAAGGAUGCAUUCGUGGAAUGACCACGAGGGAUGGGAAAUUAGAAGAACCUCGAACAUAGAAAGGCCUUGGGUAAGAGGGGAAAGAAAUAUUGCAUCAGUUUCUGCACAGGAAACAAAACCCUCAUUUACACAAAUCAGACGACCAAUGAAGGCGGAUUGCGGAGGGUUCUCCCUUCCAUCCCCAUCAGAAAGUGCAAUAAAACUUUACUCGACCUCCUUCCUAUCAAGUGAAAAAUUUACAAAACGUCAUGAUUUGCAUACAGGAGCGGGGCAUUCAUUCCCUUCGCUUGUCUAUUCAGGCUCCAUGGGUGAGUCAGAUGAGCUCAUCUAUCACGAAGCAGGUUAUCCAGCGGUAAAGCUACUUGUAAGAGGCAAGGGAACUUUCGACUGCGCGCAUGCGAAACAGACAAGCUUUCCUGUAAAAGCCACGUCAGAGAGAAGUGUUGAAGAAAGUGACAAUACUUUGAAGACGCAUGUCGAGACUGCAGAAACUGAUUUUAAUGAAGUGGAGACAAAGACUGUUAGGUUACUUGAAUGGCUCUUGGAUCAAUCGGAGAUCAAAUCAUGAAAUUUGAAGAACAUUCCAUUAUCAUUUCCAACCUCUCUACGGCCAUAGGGCAUAUCGUAUUGUGAAUUUUUAUAUCAUUAUUACUUGAAAGAAGUGAUAAACAUUCAUCCAGUUUUCAGUUAAAGUAUAAUAAUAUACUUUCACUAUUGACGCUGUUUGAAUUAUUAAACUGAUUGUGCAACGUAUCACCGACGCAAAAUUAGCAUUGGUCAUGAUAUCAUAAAAUGCUUAAAGAAGAAAAAAUUAAGGGUUGGGGCAACCCAUUCCUUUUAAUGUAAACAGUUUCUGUUUAGGAAGAUUGAUUCAACUUAAAACUGCCAUUUAAAAAGUGCCUCGUUCCUCUUUGCACUAGAUGAAACAGAUUAAGUGAAGGAGGACAAAGGGAGUCUGUUUGAGAAGGAAGCCUGAACUUUUAGUCCAAAGCGGAGAGGUUUAAUUCUGUCCGUGGGAUUCAGUCUCUCAGUACAAGCAAGAGAAUAUAAUCUCUUGGCACAAGUAGAUAAUGUCUCAAGCGCUUGCUGUAGGCAUGUACCUCAAAAACCGGUGACUUGUUAGCAAAAGCUAUAGAUCGGUUCUAAUGUUUUUUUCGCCACUCGAUGAGAGGAGAAUUUGGUGGAGGCCUAAGUACAACAGUGAUUAAGAAGGAACGUAUCAUGGAAUUACUUUAACCCAGCUAAUGGCCAACGGAUAAAAGUCAGCCACGCUAACUUCAACUUAUUGAUUUCCUAUCGAUAGUUGACCGGUUUACUUGCUUCACGUCGAAACGUAACAGUUUCUUGGAUAAAAGAAUAAACAGGGUGAGUUUCCAAAGAAACUGUGAUGCUGCGUCGGUGGA